AUGCACCAGAUUUACAGCUGCAGUGAUGAAAAUCUAGAAGUCUUCACUGUGAUUUCUUCCAAAUCAUGUAGUCCUGUCAGAAGAAAAGCUAGAAGCACACAAUGUAUCCAAGCAAAAAAGACAGUGACCAUGUCUGACUAUCAUCCUCAGGGGUCAGAGAAGCUGCUACCACACCAAGUCUUCUGCAAAGAUGAAGAUGGGAAGGGUUUCAGUCCUCUGCAAAACAAGCAGCAAGGCUUUUUCUCUAGUCCUACCAAAUGUCCUACAACACACACAGGAAUGUGUAAACAACAGUCAUUCUGCUAUCGCAACAACCCAUCAGAUGUGAAGGCUUUGCAGCCUCAGGCAUCCCAUCACAAUGCAAAAUGGACUUCAGCCACAGAACCAACAAUAAAGAAUGGUGUGUUUGCAGAUGGGCAUGGAAAGCUCUCAUGGAAACAUACAGAAGAUGACAUAAGCCCAACUCAAGGAACAGAGGCUUCUUUACCCUUGACAGGAAGCACUUUGUAUGGCACACCCAGCCUUCUGCGAAAAAUAUGGAUGAAGCAUAAAAAGAAGUCAGAAUAUCUAGGGGCUGCAAACAGUGCCUUUGAGGCAGACUGACAAGCCUCAGCCUUGCUUUUGCAGAAGAGACGUUCCUUUGACAAAGGACAGGAUAUUAUGUU